AUGCCUUCUAAUUCACAGUCCAAAGUCGAAACCACGGCACAAGCCCGCCACACCUUCAAGAAAGCUAAAAAGGAUCCGAACAAUGCAAAAUCUAUGAGUCUCUACAUCAAAGUGCGCUCGCACGUCUUCGAAAUCUCCAAAGAUAUCGCCAUCAACGCCUCCAAACUCUUCGCCGAAGCAUGGAAUGCGAAUCCGACCGCGCGAGCAAUCUCAUUUAAAGUCGACGAUAAAGAUGGCGAUGAUACUGAUCCCGAUCCGGAACACUUUUAUACCGUCGAUGCGAUUGCCCAUCUGGUGGGAUAUAUGUAUGAAAAUGAACUUGGGUGUCCGACUUCUGACAUUGAGAGACAUACGGGCUGUCUGGUGGCCUGGUGUAAAGUGUAUAAAUAUGCUGCGUAUUUUGAGAUGGAGGCGGCGUGUGAGAGUGCGCUGGCUAGGGUUGAGAAAUGUUUGGGGGAGAGGAAGUACUGUCCGGGGAUUCCGACGAGGGAGGAGGUGGUGGAGGUUUAUGGGAUGACGAGGGAGGGCUCGGAGGUUAGAGAGGUUUUGGUGGAUGUGAUGGCUAAGAUGGGCAGAUUGUGGGAUGUGGUGGGGGAGAACCAUACGGGAGAUACUAAGAAUUAUGUGGAGAGCUGGUUGAGUAGUUCGAGUGUGCUGAGAGAGUUUCAGGAUGCUGUUUGGAUGAGGGUUGGGGAGGGGGAGAAGGAGAGAAUGGAAAGGAGGAGAGAAGCUGGGGGUGAUUGA